AUGGAUGCCUCUUCAACCACCCCAGGCGGGUUCCCCCUGCAGAGAACUGGAUCGAUAAACGAGAGCUUUUCGCUUCCCGCGACUCAGCGCAGGAUUGAACGAAAAUCGAGUAAAACAAGACAAGGCCAUCAUCAUUCUCACAGCUCUCGGCACCACAAGGAUGACCAGAAGACGGUUGGAGAAUAUGCCCUUCACGUUCUCUUUACAUCGUUCAUUGCUCAAGCUGAGGAGAAACUGAAUGAAUGUAGUACUAUGGCCAUUGAAUCUGAACCUAAUAUUGAAGCAAUUUGUGGCAAAGGAGUUGAUCCUGCCUUUGACCAAUUGAUUGUCGCCCUGGGCCACAUCGCAAGCCCAAAACCAAAGGCCCUCAUUGACUCGAUGAUGCUGUGGAGAAAGGGCAAGAGUGACACUGCCAACGAGGCUAGAAAUCAUCUGCAAUCGCGCAGUGCUGUCCCUGCCGGCCCUUUGCUGCGAAGGAACACUGAACCUGUGCAGAAUGGAGUCCCAGGUUCUGGUGGAACAGAGGGCAGUAUUGCUGGAAAUACGUCCUUGGCUGCAAAACAAGAGUAUGUCGCACAAGCUGAGCGGCGCUCUACGGUAUCCAUUUACAUUCUAUGCCGAGUUUUGAUCGAGGUUGUCAGCCAAAGCAGUCUUCAAUCGAUAACCCCCGAAAUGGAAGACAAACUAGAGAGUAUUAUAUUCGGCCAGCUUAAAACAGCUGAUCCCGAGGCGCUGUCACUUUCUCCGCUGAAGCUUGCCAAUUGGAAUUUAUUCGCUGAGCUAUUGGGGCAUAUGAGCGACAUCAACUUUGUUCCAGUAACCCGUCGGUUCUUGGAAGAUCUAGACAGCUCAUUCCAAGAGCGCGCCUUGAAGAGCCCUACAUCCCUAGGAGGCCGUGACAAUGAAGGGAGGGUUGAGCUUGUCCUUGGGGGGAUCCAGCAGCUUCGUAUCAAGAUCCUUCCUGAAGACGCCUGGGAGCGGUCGUGCGAAUUUCUCAUCUCGCUUGGCAGGCUGUUUAGUAAGGCCCACGGGCAGAAGGUCAAAUGGGCCUUUUGCCAGGUUAUCGAAAGGUUGCUCUUACCUAUUGCUGCGAAAGCCUUCAAUAGCCAUUUGAUGCACCCCAAAUGGGCAGAGGUUCUCUCCGCAAUUAGCACCCGUCUGGCUCAAAUGUCCGCCAAGCCUAGGCAUUGGAAUGUUGCAUUUUCUCUACAUGCAACCAUCAUGUGCGUUUCCUCGCCUGAGCACUUCGCCUCUCGCUGGCCGCAAGUUCUUGCGCCUAUGCAUACCAAGAUCAAAGACAAGGCCAUGAAGCCGUUGUGCCUUCAAAUAAUUUCCCGGCUUCUCUGGACCUAUCUCUAUCGGACAAACGACAGCCCACAAGGUGCGACACGAAAAUUGGAUGACAUUUUCAAGCUUGUUUUGCCCGCAACGAGACGGAGUAUCAUUGCAUCUGAUACCUCGGUCGCGGAUCCAUUGAUCCAGAUUAUCCGUAUCGUUGGAUUCAGGUACCCGGAAUAUUGUUUUCGUAAUGUCAUCUUUCCGUUGAUCAGUGCCGAGUCAUUUGUAAACAACAAGGAUUUGAAAAUCGAGCAACUUGAUCCAGACAGGAUCGUUGUGGGUAUCCGUGCAUUUUUGCGCAUCAUGUCGGACUUGGAGAAAGGAGAACAAGGCCAACCGCCAUUUCCCGAGUUUUACGAAGCACCUCCAGGCCUUGAACGAGUCUCCACAUCCCCCGUACUGGCAUUGCCACGUUCAGAGAGUUUCAAAGGCACGACAUUUGGCGCUGCAGAGGAGCAGAUAUCUCGCCCAGUCUUGACCCACGUGUUGAGUGACCCUGUGAGAGAUUACUACAUAAAAUUUUGUGAAAUUCUUGGCAAGAUAACCAUAAUGUGCGACAAUACCUUUGGUGGCCAAGCUGCCCUGGAUGAAAAGUUCUCAAGCACUGUUCCAGCUGGAGGACCAAAGACCCCAAUCGCCGAGACCUUCAACUUCGCUCGUCGUGAGGAGCAACAUUCUGUGGCAGACCAGAAACAAGCGUUUUACGAACUUCUUCACGUUGCUGUACAAGCUUUGCCUGGCUGCUUACCUGUAAAUGUACCGUUCAACUCUUUGAUCAACCUACUCUGUACUGGAACGGCCCACGUACAAUCAAGCAUCGCUCAGUCGUCUGCCAAUUCUCUAAAGGCGAUUGCAAGGCACUCUCAUGCUCAAGGCGUUAUUACGGGGUUCUCCCGGUUCAUCUUCAAUUUUGAUGACCGAUACUCGACCAUGUCGGAUGGCGGAAUGCUCGGCCCCGGCCACAUUGAGAGUACCCUGCGUCUUUAUGUUGAGUUACUUCAAAUCUGGACCGAUGAGAUUCGGCAGAAGAUGAAGGAGGCAGAGGCGAGCGAACUGACUCCCAGUGCCACCGAUAAGAGAGCCAUCACGCUUGAUCUAUCCACUGUCUGGGCUGAGGUUGACCAGGCAGAAGCCCACGGAUUGUUUUUUCUGUGUUCCCAGUCUCGACGGGUUCGUUACCACGCAAUCACGGUGUUGCGGUUGAUCACCGAGCUUGAUAAGGCACUGGGCCAGGGUGGCGCCGAGAAAGACACUAUUCGGCUUAUUGAUAUUUUGGAAAACGAUGUUGAUCAAGUUAUGAACUUGAAUGACGAACACCUGUCAGUUGCCGAGCGCAGUAGACUUCAGCGUGAGCUUAAAAACUCUGGUAAUGGCAACAGCGGCAACAAAGGGGUUGUGGUUGAGCUUUGCGUAAGCGAUUUAUCAUACGACACCACCCUUUGGUUUAAAUUAUUCCCGAAUCUGAUUAGAAUUGCCGCUGAAAAAUGCCCUUUCACAGUGGCUAUCUGCCGAGAUCUCGUUUGCGACCGAACGUUGCAGAUGUACAAACCAAUUGUGAUUCUCGCAGAGCCCUCCCGGUUCCCUCAUGCGAGUGGCGCUGAUCCUUCCAGUGCUCGGGGACCUGCACAAUCCCCUGCUGCCCACCCAGAGGUUAUGGUAGAGCAAUGGAAGCUUUACCUCAUCUUCGCUUGUACAACGCUCGCCGACCCUGGUAAAUCACCUUAUACAGCCACUGGAUCUGAUGCGCAUUCUCGAAAGAACUCUAAAACAUCAGGAGAUAGGAUGGUUACGGCCCGGACGCUGUUCAAGUACUUGAUACCUCUAUUGUCAUCCUCAACCUCCUCAGUUAGAGACGCUGUUGUGGUAUCUAUGGGCUCAGCCAACAUUCACAUCUAUCGCACUUUGCUGGAAGAGCUCCAAGGGCAAGUCAUGCGUUGCAAUGACGAGGCCCGCGCUCGUAUUCAUCAACGCACGAAUAGUAGUCCUCGGAGAAAUCGCAAAAUGGACCUACUGAGGACGGAGAUUGCUCACGUGUUUAAACUCACUUCGCAUUUCCUUAAGGAGCCUGAAGUAUACCAAGCGGAUUUCUUCCUGGGGACCCUCACUACAUACACUAAAGAUGUGAAACUUUUUCUCAUGGAUGGGGAAGUACAACUGGACUGGGAAUUUCAGAAGCUAAGGCGCCAUUACUGUGGUCUUAUGGAGGCUCUUUUCGAUGGCAUCAACCGAACUAAAGAUCCAUCAAGAUGGAUGACUUUUGAGUCUCGCAAAUCUGCCUUUUCUUUGAUGGAGGAUUGGUGCGGAUUUUCCCCGAAUCGCAACCAGAUCCGCGAGCGAGAAGCCACAAUGAGGCAGUCGGUCAUCAACCAACAAGCAAUGGCCGAGCGAGGCACAGUCACAGCGGCAAUGGAGAUCGAGAAGAGAAAUCUCCGAACUGCAGCCCUGAGUGCAAUGGCAGCUCUCUGUGCUGGUCCGAUUAGCGUCACCACAGAGAGCGGGGCGACGCUCCAAUUUGAUGUCCGAAGGAUGCUUGCCUGGAUCGAAGACAUCUUCAACUCAGGGAGUGAUCGGAUGAAUCUUAUUGGGCGAAGGGCGCUGGAGAACCUCAUCGUUCACAAUCAAGAAUAUCCUUAUCUGCUUGAACAUUGCAUUACGAGAUGUUGCCUGGCGGAUAGCCCUAAGGUGCUUGAAAGCUACUUUGCCGUGAUAACACAGGUCUUGCAAGAUCAACCGAAUUACCCAUGUCCAUUCUGGAGAGUCCUUGGCCUUUGCCUCUUCACACUUGGAAAUGACCAAAGCGAUAUAAGAUCGAAGUCGACAACAGUCAUACGUACACUGGAAGCAAGACAAAAGCGAAACUCGAAGAUCCAAGAUUUCGACAUUAGCAUUUCGGAUAAAACACAGGCAGUUUACAAGCUAGCACAAUUCGAGAUAUCCAAAAGACUCUCCAAGCAGCACACCGAUAUCGCCUUUUACGUUUUCUCCGAAUUCACGCUCUACUUCAAAGACCUGCAACCCAUGGCGCAGCGCAAUGUGAUUGCUGUAGUGCUGCCAUGGAUCCAGUCCAUCGAAUUAAAGUUGGACCCUAACGGGGGACCGACAGCCAGUUCGUAUGUUCUACUUGCCAACCUUUUGGAGAUUACCAUCAAGUCUGGGGGAGCGCUGCAUAAUGAAAUGCAGGCUCUUUGGCAAGCCCUUGCCACUGGACCUUAUCCCGGCAAUGUUCGUCUAGUCAUGGACUUUAUCAUUCAGCUGUGUCUGGAGCACCGCGAGCAGAACUUCGUAGAGUAUGCGAAGCAGAUUGUUGUCUUUCUUUCCACCACAAAUAGCGGUGUCAAAGUAAUUGAGUAUCUUCUCAUGCAGAUAACACCAAGGGCUAUGGUUCCCAAUGAGAAGAAGGUUCCCGCAGGUCCUCCUGCGGACAUAAACGUUUUUCCAUUUUGUGCUGAUAUCUCGGAGAUUCUGCCCAUAGGAACAAAGCAAGCUGGUCUAUCCCUUGGUCAGUUGAGCAUGAUCUUGCUCGUUGACUUGAUGGUCUCGCCGGUCCAUAUGUCUCAAGAUAACGUCCCCUUGCUGUUGCAUGUCGCCACCGUGCUUUGGGACCAUUACAUGCCGAUGGUCCAAGCACAGUCCCAUGAAAUGCUGGUACACUUGAUCCACGAGCUUGUAAUAUCUCGAAUCGAUGACCAAACCCAAGGCGCUCAGAAGAAAGAAAUCGAAGAUCUUGUAGAUCGGAUUCGGCAACAAGACCGAACAGUGGUUUGGGGCUAUGAAGAUAGCAAUGGAAAGGCAGACGACCGAGAAAAUAGGGUCCCUCCAAGUAUGACAUUCCUCGCCACUAAGGUCGUCAAUACAUUUGAGGCAUGUUUCCCAGGCCUCAAGGAGCGAUGGGGCCGUCUCUCACUGACAUGGGCUACAUCUUGCCCUGUUCGUCACCUCGCCUGCCGCUCUUUCCAGGUAUUUCGCUGCGUUCUCACAUCAUUGGAUCAAAAUAUGUUGGGAGAUAUGCUUGCAAGACUGUCGAACACGAUUGCCGACGAGGAUCCUGAGAUCCAGUUCUUCUCGAUGGAGAUCCUCACGACAUUGAAGACUCUCAUUAUCAAGCUAGAUUCGGACCGGCUUCUCACAUUCCCUCAAUUGUUUUGGAUUACGUGUGCAUGUCUUGAAUCCAUCAACGAGAUGGAGUUUUUAGAGGCUGUGGAAAUGCUGAACGAGUUGCUUCUCAAAUUGGAUUUCCGCUCCCCUGUUGUGAGGCGGACCCUUCUGGAAGGGCAGCCUGGGCGGUGGGAGGAGCCUUUCCCUGGUCUCCAGUCGUUACUCCAAAAGGGGCUGAGAUCUUCAGUUUGUUGGCAACCGACUCUGGAUAUUAUGGAUAAAUUAAUCCAGAUUCCUGUUGACAACCUGGUGGGCAGCGAUGACCGCUUGUUUUUCUCACUUCUGGCCAAUUUCCCACGAUUCAUAGACGAGCUUGAACGAGGAAUCCCUAGUGAGCAAACCUUGGGAACAGCUCAUUUGCUAAGAAAAGAAGCAGAAGCAGAAGGAUUCGAUAGCAUCAUAGUUGCCCUCGGAGAUUACACAGCUGGGAAAUUCCGCAGUAGUCAGGAUUUCCUGAGCCAACUCUUCUCAGCUAUUCGGGAAUACUAUCUGCCGCAGUUCGACUUUAAAUUGAUUACCUUCCUCGUGGGACUACUAACGAACUCGUUGUCAUGGGUCAAGAUUCAGACGAUGCGCAUCUUAUGCGUUGCCCUCCCAGAAGUUGAUAUGCGGAAUCCUGAACUGGCCGGACAUGGGUCAGACCUCAUCUCGCCUUUGCUUCGACUCUUACAGACAGACUUUUGCAUGGAAGCUCUUGAUGUGAUGGACAAGAUCAUGGCAAUGUCCGGCAGUCAUAUGGACAAGCACCACUUGAGAAUGAGUAUGACUCGAGCAACUUCAAAAUCUGUCCGGAAAGAGUACGAGCACACGCAGAGUCUAUUUGGCAUUCCUGAGGCAUCUGGUUGGGCAAUCCCGAUCCCAGCCAAGAAGACGGAGGUGACACGGGCGAAUAUACAUGCAGCAUUCUACAUGUGCCAAGGGGCAGAAGGAGCUUCUCCAGAAACAACACCCACUGCUUCACUGGAAUUUUCUGACGACUUAUCAUAUGGAUAUUUUGAGGAUAAUACCAGGACUACAACCAUGUUGUCUGAUGGGCCUCGGGAUGGUGGACACGCUGGGGAUCUUGUGACAAAGCUGGACAGCCUUGACGAUUUCUUUGACGAGCCGCACACGGAUGAUGACUUAGAUUCGACGAGGACAAUCACGGAAUUCACGCCUGAAUCUUUUGACUCGGGGACGCAGUUGUACGACGAGCAGAUUCUCCCUAUCUUACAUGAGGCGUCCAACAAUACUUCAUUCCAGAAUGGAUUUGUUGACCGUCCUCCGCGGGACACAAGCGGCCAUAACACCAUGAAUCCCGCGGCUUUUGCUAUGGGAUCGGCUCUACGUCCUGGUCUGCAUUCUCGAUCCAUAACUUCUCCAUCAACCCCUGCAUCUUACCACACUCACCUUCCUGACCUAGCUUCAGACGACGAGUACCAGUCAGGAGGGUUGUCUGAUGUUGAUGAUGAAAGACCUCAUUUGGGGCAUGUGGCUCAAACCAGCAUGGUGGAAACUAUAGUCAGACCCCAGUCGUCGAAUACUACACGACCCAGCCUCCGUCGGUAUGCUAGCCGAUCCAGAGACGAGAGACCGAAGGAGGAGAUCCCCCCGAUUCCACCUCUGAACAAACAGGCAUCAAAUGCCCAUAAUUAA